AAAUAAAAGAAAUGUUGAAAGAAAACUUUCAUAAAAAUUAACAAAGGUUUUGGUGUGAAGCUACUAGGGUUUUAGAAGCGAGCAGCAGGAGUAACCAUUACAAAGAAAAUGUCGACUUCCAUGGUCACGCUCUCAAGGACCCUCUAUCGUUCUCUGCUUCGAACCCCUAACACCUAUCACCACCUCCUUCCACUACACUUCUCCACCGAUCUCGUUUCCGACGCGGACGAGGCUGACUCACCACCCGACUCACCACCCGACUCACCGUCCCCCGACCCCGCCCAAGGAGAGCAAAGGAUCGUCGCCGAUCGCCCCUUAGAGAACGGCCUCGACAUUGGCAUCUACAGAGCCAUACUGGUUGGGAAGGCGGGGCAGGUACCGUUCCAGAAGACGCUCAAGAGUGGCACCGUCGUCACUCUUCUCUCCGUCGGUACCGGUGGGAUUCGCAACAAUCGGAGGCCGCUUGAGAACGAGAACCCUAGGGAUUAUGCCAAUCGUUCCGCUAUUCAGUGGCAUCGUGUUUCCAUUUAUCCUCAGAGAUUGGGAACUCUUGUCACCAAACACGUUGUUCCCGGUUCGAUGCUCUAUGUGGAGGGGAACCUCGAGACCAAAGUCUUCACUGACCCGAUCAGUGGACUUGCCCGGCGAAUUCGAGAAGUUGCUGUUCGUCGGAACGGUCGCGUUGUAUUUUUAGGCGAAGGCAGUGAUGUUGAGCAAGAUACACAACAAAAUAAUCUGAAAGCUGUUGGCUAUUACUAACCUAGAUGCUCGAAAGUUAACAUGAAGAAUUUUCAAUUUUGUAAUUAUGUUUUUAUUUUUUACCACAAAGUUGGGAAUUAUUUAGCAGACAUAUUUUUCUGCAUGAAACCCUUGGUUUGGGCGAUUUUUAGUUUCUGUGUGCAAUUUAGAAUUAGGGAGAAUAUUGAAUCUCAGCCUUCCUGAUUAUGCAUGGGGAUGAAGAAUGUCAAUUUCUCU